AAGAGCGACUCCAAUCAGCACCGCUGCUCCUGGCUCAGUUUCCCUGGCUGACGUCAGCUGACUGCCUCGGCUCUCCGCUCUCUCUCUCUCUCUCCGCUGCUCCGGACACAGCGCCGUGGAAAAAUGCUGCUCUCUGCGCCGCCAAGGACAGGAAUCAACCCAUACAACGGAUACACCGGCAAAAACACCAAGAGGCAGACGUAUGUGUCCCCCUCCAACCAUCAGAUGGCUCCUCCAAGCCCCAACCACAACAACAAUAGCAACUCCACCAACAAUUCGAUGAGCAAUGGCAGCAGCAGCAACAACGGUGGAGACCAGCUGAGCAAAACAAACCUGUACAUCCGUGGCCUCCACCCAGGGACCACAGACCAGGAUCUGGUCAAGCUCUGUCAGCCGUAUGGGAAAAUCGUAUCCACCAAGGCCAUCCUGGACAAGACAACCAACAAGUGCAAAGGCUAUGGCUUUGUCGACUUUGACAGUCCGGCCUCUGCUCAGAAAGCGGUGACGGCGCUGAAGGCGGGUGGGGUGCAGGCUCAGAUGGCCAAGCAACAGGAGCAGGACCCCACCAACCUUUACAUCUCAAACCUGCCCAUGUCCAUGGACGAGCAGGAGCUGGAGAACAUGCUGAAGCCCUUCAGCCAGGCCAUUUCCACUCGCAUCCUCCGUGACGCCAACGGAACCAGCCGGGGAGUGGGCUUUGCCAGGAUGGAGUCAACAGAGAAAUGUGAAGCCAUCAUCCAACAUUUCAAUGGAAAAUACAUCAAGACUCCACCUGGAGUUCCAGUGCCGUCAGAGCCUCUGUUGUGUAAAUUUGCUGAUGGAGGCCAGAAGAAGCGACAGAGCCAAGGGAAAUAUCUGCAGAACGGCCGGCCCUGGACGAGAGAUGGGGACACGGGAGGAAUGACGCUGACCUAUGACCCCACCACAGCCUUACAGAACGGGUUCUACUCCUCUCCCUACAGCAUCGCACCUAACCGGAUAAUUGGGCCGACCUCCCUCUCUCCAUACAUGCAUUCACCUGUGUCCACCUACCAGGUACACAACCCAUCCUGGUUACAUCACCAGUCGUAUAUCAUGCCGCCCACAGGAGCAGUCCUGACGCCAGGAAUGGACCACACCAUGUCCAUCCAGCCGACCUCGAUGAUGGGGCCCCUGACACAGCAGCUCAGCCACCUCUCCAUGGGCAGCAGCGGCACAUAUAUGCCUGCAAACACAUCUAUGCAGGGGACCUACAUCCCCCAGUACACCCAAGUGCCUGCCACCAACAUCUCAGUUGAGGAAAGUGCUGUCCAACAACCCGUUGCCAUAGAGACGCCCACAGAACACACAACCUACUCCUACCAGCAUAACAAGUGAAGAGGUGGCAGAGAUCUUCCUCUGGAGCCGCAGUGAGUCUUGAAGUGGCCCAAAGUGCCGAAACAAAGUGACUCUGCGAGUAAGAAACCAGACACGUGGGAGGAUCGCGGACUGUUACACAGAAAAAAAAAAAAAAAAGAAAGAAAAAAAGAUAUUUUCUACAAACUCAUAUUUUAAAACAAACUCUUUUACUCCGAGCAAGUAAGGCUGGAGGAUGGAUGGCAGGCAAUGGGGGGAUGGAAGAGCAGAACGAGGAGCAUCUAUUUUGAUAACAGUCAAGAUAAAAAAGUCUCACACGCUACACAGGUUUUAAAGGUUUGGGGUUUUUUUUGUGCAUUAUCAUUAUUCUUUUCUGAUACUUCUCCGGGGAGCCAGGAUGAAACCGUGAAAAGGACAUUUCAACAUGUUUUUAUUUUUGAGUUCUGUUUUGUUUUUGUAAAGUAUGCUACUUUUAUUUCACUUUCCUUGGUCUGAUACUUUCAGGCUUUGAACCUGCCUUUUUGUACAUGAUUCUUUGAGUUGCCGUGUUUCUAGCUUCGUGUGUACAAGUUUGAUUGAUUGGUGCAGAUAUUUGAAAUUACAGAAAGCUCAAAAAAACCCAAACUGAAGUCAUUCAAAAAGCCAACGACGGAUAAUAUGGUGCUGACUUGGGUAAGCUUCUCUUGAAGUGGCAGCAAGUUCAUCAGGUAUGAAACCUCACUUUUUUUUUUUUUUUUGGCACUUGACUCUCAAAUAAUUUAUAGUUCCAGCAAUCUCGACUGAGCUUCAGACAAUCAGAAGAUUAAAGAGAGGAAAAACGUUUAGAGAUGAUGGUCACUGGUGACAGAUUUCACGGAGAAGAUGUCUUUGAAAGAGCUAAAUAGAUUCAAAGCAUUCCAGAGAUUACUAUCAGAAAGGUCUAAAUGUUAGUUCACUUUGAGUUGCUCCACUUGAUGAAAUCCAAAGUUGCUUAACAGGGAUCACAUCUCUCACAGAGCUGACUGUAAAUAAAAGAUUUAAAUUUAUUAAGGCUUCCUCUUGAUUUCCUUUUAUCGGUGUAGUAAUGCUUCAGCUAUUUCGGUGAGGACAUUAUACCAAAUUGUUACCAAACACAGCAAUACAUGUGUGUGUUGCAUGUGUUCUGUUUUAAAGGAGACAUAUCAUGCUCAUUUUCAGGUUCAUAUUUUCAUUUUGUUUUGGUUGCUACUAGAAUAGGUGUAUGUACUUUAGUGCUUAUAACAAAAAAAGGUAUUCGUUUUCUCGUACUGUCCAGUACAGCCUCCUCUGAUUGGUCAGCUCAAACACAGCUGAGCCAGCAACACUCACUGUGUCUCUGGUCUGCUCUGUUGUGUUUUCAACUUCCAGUUAGCUUCAGUUCCAACAUGAGUAUGGGCGUAAAUUAUUCAAAUGUGUUACAUGGUGAUGUAGUGUGAUGUCACAAGAUCGCAGAAUUAAAGGCAGGACUACUCUCAAGGCGUUUCAGGCGCUUCGGGAGCAGUGUUUUCUGUGGGAGAAAGGAGCUCCUCCUUGAGAUUUUUAGCUCUGAAAUGAUUUUACGUGCAUGUGAACCUGUAUAAAACACUGAAGGAAAGGAAGCAACUGAUAAAGCAUCAUAGGUCUCCUUUAACCAGAGUCUCCACUAAAUCCUCAAACUGUAUUUUCUGAAGCAAGAAUGAGAUGUCGUUAUUAGAGUAUGAAGUUCUUAUUACACAGACAUGGAGAUCAAGCAGUAAGCGUGGCUCUGUCCUGUUAUAUCUUCAGAAAACACUAUGAAGGUGGAUUAUUACAGCCAGUGUAGAGAUGUUUUGUAACUGGCCAUUGCUGUGUGUUUGUGUCUUGUUUCUGCAUUCUGGUUUUUCAACCAUUUUCUUUUUUGUUUGUUUGUUUGUUUUUUUACAUUUCUUAUUUAAAGGUUUUCUUAUUUUGAUUUUAAACAGUUCAGUUUUAAAACUUUUAAGAUUGAUCCUAUUUUUCAAAGAAGCUUUGAUUUUAUUUUUGAUAGUGUGUUGUGUGCUUCAAAUAGAGAUAAAGUAGAUGUUUUCAACUUUUUUUUUCAAAAAGGCUGUUUUUUGUUUGUAUGUUUGCAUUUCUCUCGUUCUGGUUUCAGUGUUGACGUCACAGAGGCUUUAAUAUUUUCUACAGACAUUUCAGUUCUGGCUGUGUCACAAAUGUUCGGCACCUUGUGAACACGACUCCGGAUCGUGGAUGAAUUGUGUACACUUGGUUCUGGUGCAUUGUUACAGAGUUGUGGCCCCAAGCAGUUGGGAACACGUCAGAGAAAUAUAUGUUCAAAACCUCAACUUACCUCAUCCUGCCAGUAGAUUCAGUUUGUGUACAAGGUUCACUGGCAAUAACCGACUACAGUAGGUCUACAGUAGGUCUCAUGGCUGUUCACAGCUGGUACUGUGUCCACAUCCUUUAACUCUUCCGUCCAAUGUUCGGAAAACAUGCCCAAGGUCUGACGAUCUAUGCAAUUAAUUUAUUAUCCUUAUGAAUGCAAUACUACAGAUAUCCAAUGACAAUGGAUCGCCUCACAAUAUGACUUCACAGUCUGGCUCACAUGGCUUUUUGCUUUCAUCACGCAUACGAUGAGAUUUGUUUGUUUUCCGACUGACUCGAUCAUCCUUGUUUCAUUUAUUGUUAGAAAGAUUGCUGCAUUAAAAGGGAACUAUUUCAUACCAAAAUGUGGUUGUUAAUAUGACUGUAGGAAAACGUAGGAGCUCUAUGGCAGGCUUGUUUUAUGUGAAUGAAGGCGGGUCACCCACUCGUCUGCCCAACUUUUAUUUUACAUGGACGCCGUAGAGUUCGUGUUAGAUGUAAUUCUCCAUUCCAUCCAGCUGCAGUUUUUAUGUUUUGUGUGUCCCAUCUUGUCCUAAUGUGUUAACUUGCUUUCUUGCUGAGUAACUGAUGCUGUUUUCCUCUUUUUUUAAAACCAUGAAACAGUUCAUUUCCAGGAGAAAAUUAAACUUCACAGAAAUGCCUUAGAUUUCACUGGAAGGGAGAGUGAAGUGCUAUUCAGAUUUGACGCACUUGAACUCUUGACUGGAAUUUUGUUUUUUCAUGCACUGCUAAUGUUGAAACGAUUUUUUGUUAUAUCAAACUACUCUGAACAUAGAUCUAUGAAGCAAAGGACUAUUACGACUUUUAAUUACUAUUUUGGGUCCAAAACAUUGAAGAAAAAAAUUGAAUGGUGGCUUACUGAGUCUAAUGAACUAUUGCUGCUAAUUUUGGAGUGCUAACUAUUUAGAGAUAUUCUAGCUGAAGGUCAUUCAAUAUAUCAAGUCACAUUUGGGUCAGUUUGUAACUCAUGUUCAAUGAUGUCCAUGCAGUCUUGUUUUUUUGUGCAUCAACCAACCUCUCCUCAGUAAAUGUUUGUCUGUGCCAUGAUACAGGUCUUUGUCUUCUAGAAAAAAAACCCUACAGCUAUUAAACUUUUAACUUGGUUUGGUUUUGAACUUGUCAUUUUUUUAAUAAAAUUUUUUUUCACUGUG